AUGGAAAACUCCUUCUCCCUGCGAUUCGCGCUUUUCUGCAUCGCUUCUUUCGUUGCCAUACUCUACGACACCAAGGUCGCCGCCGCCACCAUUGCCACCAACGAAGAAUUCGAAGCUUCCUUACCACCGUCCACGCCUCCACCAACUCCGCACAGUAUCCAAGAACACUCGUUCUUCUCUCACACCGCGCUCCUCCCUCCAAUCUUGUCUCACCUCGGCUUCCAUGAGCUGGCAACAGCAGCGCCGUCGCUCUCGGACGCCGCAACCACGGCUUCCUCAGCCUGGGCCGGUCCUUCCACAAUAUUCGCUCCAUCCGAUGCCUCUCUCCGCACCUGCUUUUCUUGCUCCGUCCCGAACCUCCUCCGCGAACACAUUGUUCCCGGCCUCUUCACCAUCGAUUAUCUCCGGAAACUUGCUUUCGGCACCAAGAUUGAGACCUUGAGUCCAGGCCGUUGCAUCACCGUUACCUCCGAGACGCUCUAUCGGAACACGAACACGAACACGAACAUAAACAACACCGUGGCCGCCGCAAAGGUUUUCAUUGGCGGUGUGGAGAUCACGCAACCCGAUCUCUUUAACAAUGGCAUGGUCGUUGUUCACGGUCUUCAAGGUUUCGUCUCUCCUCUAUCUCCGUUCUCUUGCGACGUGGAGAGGAUGACGUCGCUCUCAUUUCCGUUCCAUCCGGAUCACCGUUCCGCUCACGGUCAGAAUCACCUCCACUCUAACAACGCGGCGGCGCAUCCUUCUAUGAUGCGCCUGAUGCUCCGAGACGCGAUGCUGAGGCUCCGCAACAACGGCUUCAGCAUUCUCGCCCUGGCGAUGAAGGUAAAAUACGCGGAGCUCGUGAUGCUCAACAACAUGACCGUGUUUGCGGUCGACGACCUAUCCAUCUUCUCCGGUUCGCACGCGUACAUCAGCAACGUCAGGUUCCACAUCGUGCCGAACCAUUAUCUGUCGAUUGCGGAUCUCGAGAAGCUUCCGGUCGGGACUGCUCUACCGACGCUGGAACGAGGUCAGCCGCUGCUCAUCACAACCUCAGGAGGAGGAGAGACGCCGGCCCCGAUGAGGAUUAACUACGUGAGAGUUAAGGCUGCGGAUGUGAUCCGCAACGUGAAGAUCGUCGUGCAUAGUGUGUAUUUGCCGUUUCCGCAUAUCAAUCCUGUGGCUGCUGCUUAUGACACUAUCAUAGGCGGUGAAGAACAGAUGCCGCAGGGAACCUGUUCUGCUCUUGAUGGUCAUGGAAGUUGCGUCACUGGUGUGCCUCCUAUGCCUCAGGUCAAGGCAAUGGUGGAGAUCGAAGACCACCAUGGCAUCUUCAGUUCAUUUAAUUCAAAACUAACAUUGGGCAAGGUUGAUGAGCCUAUAGAGUUCAGAGCCAAGGAUACCAUGGAGGUUAUCAAGAAUGACCAGAGAUACCAGAGUCUUGAAAAGCUUCUGAGACGAAUUUGUUGA